AUGGCGCGGCUCCUGGUGACCUGCUGGCUGGUGGCCCUGCUCCUCAGCACCUGGACCGACGGCGCCUUCUCCAAGAAGGGCAAAGGCAAACCCAGCGGGGGCGGCUGGGGCGCCGGGAGCCACCGCCAGCCCAGCUACCCCCGCCAGCCCAGCUACCCCCACAAUCCUGGCUACCCCCACAACCCGGGGUACCCCCGUAAUCCCGGCUAUCCCCACAACCCGGGGUACCCUCACAACCCAGGGUACCCCCACAACCCAGGCUGGGGACAAGGUUACAACCCGUCCAGCGGGGGAAGUUACCACAACCAGAAGCCUUGGAAGCCUCCGAAAUCCAAGACCAACCUGAAGCACGUGGCUGGGGCAGCGGCAGCAGGGGCUGUUGUCGGGGGGCUGGGGGGCUACGCCAUGGGCCGUGUCAUGUCAGGGAUGCACUAUCACUUCGACAGCCCCGACGAGUACCGGUGGUGGAACGACAACAGGGCUCGUUACCCCAACCAGGUGUAUUACCGGGACUACGGCGCCUCCGUCCCGCAGGACGUGUUCGUCGCCGACUGCUUCAACAUCACGGUGACCGAGUACAACAUCGGCCCUGCUGCCAAGAAGAACACCUCGGAGGCUGCUCCUGAGGCCAACCAGACAGAGACCGAGAUGGAGACCAAGGUGGUGACCAAGGUGAUCAGGGAGAUGUGUGUCCAGCAGUACCGGGAGUACCAGCAGCACCAGUUCUCCUCCGGCAUCCGGCUCCGCGUGGCCAGCGCCUCCUUCGCCACCCUCCUCCUCCUCCUCUUUGCCAUGCACUGA